AUGACCGAGCUCAAGUCGCUGUCGGGGGACGCGUACCUGGCGCUGAGCCACGGCUACGCCGCGGCCGGCCUGGCCUACGGGGCUGCGCGCGGGCCCGAAGCGGCCCGCGGCUACGGCGCGCCGGGUGCGGGCGGCGACCUCCCCGCGGCCCCCGCGUCGCGCAGCCCCGCCAGGGCGGCCGAGAGCAGCGGCGAGCAGAGCGCUGACGAAGACGACGCCUUCGAGCGGCGGCGGCGGCGGCGUGGGCCCGGGGGCUCUGGGGACGCGCGGCGCCGGCCCCGGGAGCAGCGCUCGCUGCGGCUCAGCAUCAACGCGCGCGAGCGGCGGCGCAUGCACGACCUGAACGACGCGCUGGACGGGCUGCGCGCCGUCAUCCCCUACGCGCACAGCCCGUCGGUGCGCAAGCUCUCCAAGAUCGCCACGCUGCUGCUGGCCAGGAACUACAUCCUGAUGCAGGCGCAGGCCCUGGAGGAGAUGCGGCGCCUGGUGGCCUACCUCAACCAGGGCCAGGGCCUCGCCGCGCCCGUGGCCGCCGCCGCGCCGCUCACGCCCUUCGGCCAGGCCGCCGUCUUCCCCUUCUCGGCGGGCGCGGCGCUCGGGCAGUGCCCAGACAAGUGCGCCGCCUUCUCGGGGUCGCCCUCCGCGCUCUGUAAGCACUGCGGCGAGAAGCCCUGA